GGCAAGUCUUGUGGUGGGUCCCCAAUACGAUUGGAUUCAAGCUGUUGUUGACAACGGUCAAAGAAGAGCACUAUCAAAAAGACCUCAACGACGCCUGUGUUCUAUUGAGCUACCGUCGCUACAGUCCCAUAUUAGUCUCCAUCGGAACGAGCCGCCCUACCUGCUAGAGUUCUUGAGGCACCUACCGAUAUUGCUAGCUACUAGAGCCUUUCCUAUCAUUGUAGUAUAUUUUUGGUUGAACAAAGAGGAAGAAUGGCAGAUCCCUUAACCGAUAUCCCCGUGUCAACAGAACCCACGAUGAGCAGCCACCCCGAAGACACGACCCAGCAACCAGCGACCACAGAAGAGACGAACCUAGUAGACGACGAUGAGCGUUCGGUGGAAUCGGCUAGACUACGGGAUUCUUUUAUUCGAUUGACUACCCAAGCUACCCCUUCGACGACGAAUGACGAAGGCUACCAGCAAAUUCACCCAACGGAUGCCCCCUCCAAUGGGACCCCCUUUUACCGUCGUUAUCUCACGUGGAAUACGACAAACAACAACAACGACAGCAACAACGACAACAACAACGACAAUAUUACCAUGGACACCAUGCCUCCCCCAACGGACCUUCCUCCCUCUUUGGCGCAAGCUCCUACCACUCCAGCUGUGCUCACCAUGUUUCUACCCUUGGCGUGCAUUGUGACACACAUUGUAUUUGCCUACGGACAAUGGGCUCCCAUGUGGCGAUUAUCCUUGUCGGCCGAAGACAUUGAUAUCACGGCACAAGCUCAAACGACCGUUACAAAAAAAAUAUUCAAUCAACUUGGCCUCGACAACACUCCGGGGUUUAGCCAUGACGGUGACACGUUGAAUUAUCGAGUCGAACAGGAACACACGGUCCAAACAUUCACCUAUGGCUUUGCGGUGGAAGAAUUGUGGCAUGCCUAUGGAAUGCCGGGAGUCUUUUUGCCACGGUGUGCCGCCAUUCUACUCGUGGUGUUUUCCGGCAUUUGGCCGCAUCUCAAACUCAUUCUGUUGCAAUGGUCGUGGUCCUCGCGACGCUUGUCGUUGAAACCCAAUCGACGCACACGUACCCUUGGAUGGUUGGCUCUCUUGGGCAAGUGGUCCUUGGCCGAUGUGCUCACCGUCUGUGUCAUGGUGGGAGUCCUCAAUUUGGAAUGGAUCAUUGAUCCACCCACCAUGAAGGACGGAAUUGCCAAUCAUUUGUCCAUGUUGAUUGAUUUGACCCAACAAGUCUGGGAUGAUGGACAAAUCUGUUCCUCCGUAUUGUCCUUUGACGCCUCAGAUUGUGGGUCCGGAGACUUGAGUAUCAAAGAACAUUUGGAAUGCUUUGCCUGCAAAAGGUUUGUCUGGGCGGCCUUUCACGAACCGGAUGCGGUGGAAAAGCAAGGAAAAGCCAUCGUCAAGGGAAUCGACAUGAGUGGACACGGAACCGUACGAUUGUCAGUUGUGGGAAUGGAAGGGAUCUAUGCCUUUUGCAUUGCCGUCAUUUUGUCGGUUCUGCUGAGUGUCAUCGUUGACUGGUACAAUUACCAGUACGUUGCUUUGCUGCGCGAAAAAAUUACCGCGCGGCGACGGGGGGAGGAUACGGAUUUGACACUCUCCGUGACGACAAAUCCAGAGGAAGCAGCAGCACCGUUAGAGUCCCUCUUGUUGGCGGGAGACACCACUUCCGAAGCUUCGGAGCCCUUGCUCGAAAACAGCAUUAGCGGUACAGCACCCUUUGAACCACUCGAAAUCAUGGAAGACGAUGCUUCCGUCUUGGAUAAUUGGGUCCACCGCACCACUUCGGCACCGGCCUACACAUGCCUCCAUUGUCAUCACAUCCUACCCAUGGUUACGCUGGUGUUGGUUGGAAUGGCCCUUUACACACCCUCCAUGGAACGAAAUGUCGGUGGCGCCAUUCCCAAGAAUCUCAAGGAGGUGCUGGGGCUUGAUCUUAAUCUCAAAUAUUCCUUGGCGUCACUCCAAGACUUGACCGGAGCUGCCGGUGGUAUGGAUCUCUUGUUGAUGGGUACAUUUGCCCUCUUUAUUGUCUUGGGGCCACUGUUGCGAGCUAUUCUGGUUGUGUUGGUGGCCAUGACGGCCAAGACAACAGCAUCACCACGAACACAGCGCAUUCGAUCGUUGCUGGUCCAUGUCAGCAACUUUUUGGCCGCCUUUUGUGCAUGGGAAGUUUUCUUCGCGGCAAUGUUCAUGGUGGAAUUAAUCAUGCCUAGUGCCACCAGCACUAUUUUGGACACACCCGCCUGUAAAAUUCUAUCGGGAGACGGGUCCUCGUGCCUCCAAGUAUCCUACGAACGCAUUCCUACGACCUUUGCCAUUUUGAUCCUGGGAUGGUGCCUCGUGGGUGGACUCUCGAUUCACAUUUCCAUGGAAGAUAGCAAAGAGCGAAUGAUGGAACGACACAAUGGACAAGUUGACAGCCUCGAGGCCUAUCGACCCUUGCCCGAUUUCGAUGCCGGUUUGCCGCCUACAGAAAUUCACGCCGAAAACAGUCCUCCCUUGGCAUUUGGGGAUGACAACAACAGCAACACCAAUGGUGGGGCGUCGAUGAUGGAAGAACAGCUCGUGUAGCCUGUCUUCCCGGUUAUGAUGGGGCCAAAGCCACUUUCGGUGGUGGAGGUGUUAAAUUCUCCUCACUCUUUUCCAACCUUCCGAAUCAUGUCUUGCAUAACAACAUCUAUUUCAAGAGUAAACCUAACCUGCUUGUACUAAAGUUAAAAGAGAACUUUGUCUUUUU